AUGCGCAGGAACGGGUGGCAGCUGCCGUUCCACGUGCUCCAGAUCGCCACGUGGGUCGUCUUCCCGGGCAUCAUCGCGCUCUUCUUCAUCUUCUAUACGCCCAUUCUGGACAAGUCCGUGUCGAUCGUCGUGAGCGCUUUGUACGCGUCCGCGUGUAUCUUUACGGUUGCGGCCGUGGCGGUCUGCACGGGCACUGACCCGUCGGACGACUACAUUCUGAGACCGUCGACGGCUGGUGAUGCCGCCGAGUCGGACACGGAAGAACGAGUGUACUGCCACGUCUGCAUGCAAUACGUUAACGAUCAAAGUCGACACUGUCGGCUCUGUGACAAGUGCGUCGACGUGUUUGACCACCAUUGCAAGUGGCUCAACAAUUGCGUCGGCAGGAAGAAUUAUCGCUACUUUCUGGCCUCGGUCUUUGGCACUGCGUCGUUCCUAGCAGUACAGCUCGCGGUGGGCGCGUUUAUUACCGUGGAUAUGUACACGAACGAGAUUAUUAUGCAGCAACAUUUGGCUACAAGCUAUGGCUGCGUGAUUGGAAAGGACAUCAUGACGAGGUUAUGCGUGGACGAUCAGUACCACAUUUCGCUCACGACGCUACGGAUCAUCCACGUUUCGCUUCUGGUCUUCUUGAGCCCGUGGAUGCUCAUGAUUGGACAACUUGCAAUCUUCCACUUCCACCUAUGCAUGGAGGACAUCACGACAUACGACUACAUUGUCCGCCAACGGAAGCGGAAUACUGCUCGUGCUCUAGAAAGACGGGAAGACAUCGUUCCUACGGUAUGGUGGCAGCGGUGCUGUGGCGGUAAACCCGUCACAGAAUCCACACCAAGCAAUCCGAAGCCCAGCAUGAAUCCGACCAGUGACUCCCGCGAGUCGGACGAAAGCGUGCGCAACGAGGCCGAACAACUGGCAGCUAUUGAAGCCUCCGUGGACGAAAGUCUGGACGUCCUGAGCAGUCGAAGCAGCGGGUUCCACAAACGCGAGAGCAGUCGUUUCGGAAGCAGUUUAAGCAGCCAGCCGAGACGCAGCAGUGGCCCGAGACGUGGCUUUGGUCUCCACGUCAACUUGAUGCAGCAACGAGGUGGUCCGACCAAAGUCGGUGCAAAAAGCGACGCGUAUACGCCUCGAUCCGAAAGUGACGACACCAGUUACUCGGCCGCGCCGUACUCGCCAGGCGUUGUUGCAUCCUACCGCUCGGACGCAAGUAGCGUAUACUUUACGACUCGAGAUGAUGAGACCGGUCAGAGGAACAAUGGCAGCGACAUGAGUAGCGAGCGAGUUACGGCUUACAAGAUGUCGAGCGGCUCGUCCGCCGGGACGUAUGGCCGGUCGUCUGUGGGUUCGCCGUGA